UUGGCUAGAGCUGUUUCAGCAGAGGGAUGGGAAGGGAGCUAGCAGCAGUGGGCUGAGCAGUGAAGGAGAGGAGGCGAGGGGAAGUAGCCACUUUCUCUAGAAGUCCACCGUGAGCAGAGCGCUGGGGGCACAGUAGCUGGAGGGGUCCUACAACAGAGGGCAGGUGACAGAGACAUGAGCAAACUCAGGGAAAGAGAUGGCAGAUGGGGCAGAAGGGCCAGGAGGCAGACCCCUCAAGGACGCGAGAGGCAGGGUGUCCCACAGCCGGGGCAGGAAUUCACCAGAAAGAGAAGAAGGGAUGCUUCUCACACUGACCCUAGAAGGAAGGAAGAAAGUGUGUAACAAGUGCAGGCAAGUCUGUUCACCAGGGGCUGGGGUUGCCUGCAUCUUCCUUGUAAAGAAGGAUGUGCAGGUUGGAAACGCUCAGAGACAGCCUGAGCAGGCUCAGUCUCUCCUCAGCCUGGCAGGCUCCUCCAGAAAGCCUCAGACAGUGCUGACUGCUCCCAAGCCCCUAGCCCCGGAGGAAAUCAGGAGCCACUCCUACGACGACAGCAACUGUCGUGGCAAAUAGCAGUUUCAGUAGCUAUGUAUAUCCAGUGGCUCUCGUGCUGGACAAUACAGAUCUAGAACGAUCGCUUCAUUUUCCAGUAGACUGCAUCAAGGCCCAGCGAGAAUUGACUCGUCCAAGCUCAUCUUGACCACCAGCAACGGCAUCAGCCCAUUCUACUCACCCCACCAUCCAGGUGCAGCAUCACCGGGCCAGGAGACACUGCAUUCUUCUCCAGCAUGGGAAAGAGAGAAGUGACAAAGAGUGUUUGCUAAACAGUUGGACUUGAAGGUUCUUUCCUAGGGGUCAGAAAAUAACUCACCAUCCAAGAGCUGACCUGAGAAUUAAUUAUGCAAGUUAUCAAAAGCAUCCAGCCGCCUGAGGACUCCACCCUCGAGUUGAGCAAUGUAAUCCACCGCUCACUUCCUCCACUCUCUUCUCACCACCCCGCCCCGUCAGUCAGACACAUCUGCCCUCCCGGACGGGUCCCACAGGUGAAAGGCCCAGGCUCCUGGCCAGGACUUAAGUUUGCCUCCAAUAUGGAAGACGUGGACUGGGAGGCUUAUGGCUUGGAAGAUCUCUUUGGUGAAAAUUACAGUUACAGCACAGACCUGCCCUUCAUUCCAGAAGGCUCUGCCCCAUGCAGGCCAGAAUCUCUGGAAAUCAACAAGUAUGCAGUGGUGGUCAUCUACGCCCUGGUCUUCGUGCUGAGCCUGCUGGGAAACUCCCUAGUGAUACUGGUUGUCCUAUACAGUCGGCUCAGCCAGUCUGUCACUGACGUCUACCUGCUGAACUUGGCUAUAGCCGACCUGCUCUUUGCCCUGACCUUGCCUAUCUGGGCUGCCUCCAAGGCGAAAGGCUGGAUCUUUGGCACACCCUUGUGCAAGGUGGUCUCACUCCUGAAGGAGGUCAACUUCUACAGUGGUAUCCUACUGCUGGCCUGCAUCAGCAUGGACCGCUACCUGGCCAUCGUCCAUGCCACACGCACACUGACCCAGAAGCGGCACUGGGUCAAGUUCAUAUGCUUAGGCAUCUGGGCGCUGUCCCUGAUCCUGUCCCUGCCCAUCUUCAUCUUCCGCAGGGCCAUCAAUCCCCCCUACUCCAGCCCGGUCUGCUACGAGGACAUGGGCGCCAAUACCACGAGACUGCGGAUAGUGAUGCGGGCCCUGCCUCAGACCUUCGGCUUCCUCGUGCCCUUGGCGGUCAUGCUGUUCUGCUAUGGACUCACCCUGCGUACGCUGUUCCAGGCCCACAUGGGGCAGAAGCACCGGGCCAUGCGGGUCAUCUUCGCCGUCGUGCUCGUCUUCUUGCUCUGCUGGCUGCCCUACAACCUGGUCCUGGUCACAGACACCCUCAUGAGGCUCCGGGUGAUCGCGGAGACGUGCGAGCGCCGCAACGACAUCGGCCGGGCCCUGGACGCCACCGAGAUUCUGGGCUUCCUCCACAGCUGCCUCAAUCCCUUCAUCUACGCCUUCAUCGGCCAGAAGUUUCGCCACGGACUCCUCAAGAUCAUGGCCUUCCACGGGCUCAUCAGCAAGGAGUAUUUGUCCAAGGACGGCAGGCCUUCCUUUGUUGGCUCUUCUUCAGCAAACACUUCUACCACCUUCUGAGCCCCUGGGCCCUGCUGGAGCGCCUCGGGGCACCUCCCGCGCCGUCAGCAUCCAUCCUGAGCCUCAUGUCCACUAGUUGUUUCCAGUCUCUGUGUCAAGGCAGCUCCCGGCUGUGGUUACAGGAAGCUACUGGGGCCACGUCCUUUUCAGGCCCAUUGGACGGGUUAGAAAGCCUGCCCUCGUUCCCCACGCCUCCCUAUACUUCCUAUGCCAGCUGCUAGAGCUCAGUCCAUCCUAGCACUGAGCUCAAGCACUCUGGUGUCUGGGGCAGUUAAAGACAUUCGAAAGGCAUCCUUUCAGGUGACGACAGAAAGUUCCUACCACGGGGAGCCAUUAGUGGCAAACAGCAGUCGUUGCUUUCCUGACUCUCCCUUUCUUGCUUGCUGGCAAAGCCCACCUCCCUUGAGGGAGGCCGAGAAGGACAGACACUCAUUUUCCCAGACUCCCUUAGCUAGGAGAGGCCCUGUCAUCCACUUCUGACUAGUAAGGUUUCAGGGCAAUAGUGUGCUGGUGAAAAGAAGUCCGGGUUUGUAGCAUUUCCCAAGUUGCCUGGGGCAAAUGUUCCCACCAGGGCGAUGUCAAAGGUUUUCAUGUGUUUAGCAACUAGCUCACAAAAAUUUAGGAAAUGAAUGGGCUGCUUUCACAAGCAGGUACAAACUGGCUUCAGGACACCAUUGCUUAAGAGGAAGUCUGCUGGGUCCAGGGACUCCUGGGAAGUAUUCCUGAUUUAAAAAGAGAGAGAGGCACACACACCCACAUGUCCUUGGUUCUUGCCUUUAUGGUUCUUCCCAAUAUGGUUGUGGGAUAUGAUGUGACAAAGAGGCAAAAAUUGUGCUCAACACACUUGGGCAGAUGGAGUGGAUAAGAACAAAGAGCCCAGAAGAAGACCCAAGCAGGAAUGGUCAAUGAUUUUCAACAAGGGUUACCAAGACUAUUCAAUGGGAGAAAGGAUAGUUAUUCAACACAUGGUGCUGGGCAAACCAGUUAUCCACAUGCACAGGAAUGAACCUAGUCCCUUUCCUCAUACCAUAUACAAAAGUUAACUCAAAAUGGAUCAUAACCUACACAGGAGAGCUUCAACUACUAAGUAUUUAUUAGAAACGUAGAAGAAAAGUUUUAUAACAUUGGAUUUGGCAGUGAUUCCUUGGAUAUGACACCAAAAGCACGGGCAAGAAAUGAAUAAAUAGAUAAUUGGAUUUCCCCGAUGUUAAAAACUUUGUACAUCAAAGGACACGAUCAAAAGAGUGGAAAGGAAAAUCAUAGGAUGGGAGAAAAUAUUUUUGAAUCAAAUUUUAUACAGUUUACUCUCCACGAUACACAAAUAAUUCUUACAAUUCAACAUCAAUGACAACAACAACAAAGACAGAUAAUAACAAGUGUCAGCAAUGAUAUGGAAAAAGUGGUGGGACGCUUAUGCACCGUUGGUGGAAAAGUAAAGUGGUGCAGCUGCCAUGGAAAACAGCACCUCAAAAGAUGAAACAGAACUACUGUAUGAUCUAGCACUUCCAUGUCUAAGUGUACACUGAAAGCAGUGAACUGAGAGCAGAGACUCAAACAGUACACUAAUGUUCAUGGCAGCAUCAUUCACAGUUGCCAAAAAGUGACAAUCACGCAAUGUCAAUCAGUGGAUGAUGGACAAAAAAAAUGUGGGGUAUACAUGCGAUGGAAUAUGGUUCAGUCUUAAAAAUGAAUGAGUGUCUGGGAUAUGCUACAACAGGGAUGAACCCCGAAAACAUGAUAUGAAGUGGAAGAAGCCGGGCAAAAAUAGUGUAUGAUUCCACUUUUUAGAAGUACCUACAAUAGUCAAGCUCAUAGAGACAAGAAGUCCAACAGUGGUUACCAGGUCCAGGCAGAGGAGAAAGUAAGAAGUAGUUGUUUAAUGGGUACACAGUUCAGUUGGGGGCGAUGAAAAGUUUCCUGAGAUGGAUAGUGGUGAUAGGGGUAGGACAGUAGGAAUGUGCUUAAUCCCACUAAACAGGACACUUAAAACUGGUAAAAAAAAAAAAAAAAAAAGUCAAUUUUAUGUUGUGUGUAUCUUACUGGAAAGGAAAAAAAACAACAACUAGUUCCCAAACGACAAAUUUCAGCAAUUGAACCAUUUGUGGAACCAUCUACCUGUAACUUCUUGUUCGAGUAGAUAAUUAAAUGUCUUUUUUUCUUUGUACAAGCCA